UACGACGUAGACCUUACAGAUUUGAUUCGCGAAUCGGUGUAAACGAAUCGGACAUACUAGACGCGUUGAAUCAGUCGAAUGUCAAAGAAGAACAACAGAAAGUGUGUGGUGGUGGAGUCAUGGCAGAUCAGGCAGUGUUAGCGGACACGGGACUGACACAGCGUGUACUGAUGUUUCUCGGUAUUCAUAGUCUCUUCUUCAAUGUUUUCAGUUUCUUGGACAAGACAGUGAGAUCAUGGUGGAUAACCAAUUGGCUGCCAUCCUGGUGCCCAACAUCUCAAAGUCAACUGAAGGAGGCAGAGGAGAGGAUGCUACAGCACAUCAGAAGCAAGUUCUUCAAACAGUUCGUCAACAUAUCUGACAACAACAUGUUGUGGACAUUGGUGUUUAAGGGGCCCAUGGAAAGUAAAACGCCUCUUGUGCUGCUGCAUGGAUUUGGUGGAGGUGUGGGACUUUGGGCCUUGAACCUGGACUCUCUCUCUCAGCAAAGGCCUGUUUAUGCUCUUGACCUGCUGGGUUUUGGCCAAAGCAGCAGACCUCACUUCAACACGGAUGCCCGGGAGGCUGAGCUCCAGUUUGUGGAGUCUAUUGAACAGUGGAGGGAGAAACUGGGCCUGGAGAGCAUGAUUUUACUGGGCCAUAACCUGGGAGGAUAUCUUGCUUGCUCCUAUGCAAUUUCAUACCCUACCAGGGUAAAGCACUUGAUUCUGGUGGAACCAUGGGGGUUUCCAGAGCGCCCUGAACCCGGAGACCAAGACAGACCCAUUCCUGUGUGGAUCAAAGCUUUGGGGGUAAUGCUGACCCCAUUCAACCCCCUUGCCGGUCUCCGGCUGGCUGGACCUUUAGGUCCCACACUUGUGCACACUCUGAGACCGGACUUCAGAAAGAAAUUUGCCGCUGUGUUUAAUGACAGUACAGUCACUGACUAUAUCUACCAUCUGAAUGUUCAAAGCCCAAGUGGUGAAACAGCCUUUAAAAACAUGACCAUUCCGUAUGGCUGGGCAAAGAGGCCUAUGCUGCAGAGAAUUGGCCUGAUUCACAGCGACAUCCCCAUUACUGUGAUCUAUGGCUCACGCUCCAGCAUAGAUGGCCACUCCGGCAAUUCAAUCAAAGAAAUGAGGCCAAACUCCCAUGUAGAGAUCAUUGCCAUUCGAGGUGCAGGACACUAUUUGUAUGCAGACCAGCCAGAGGAUUUCAACCAGAAGGUACUUCAUAUCUGUGAAACACUAAACUGAAGUCCUUACUUUUUGGAACUAUGUCAAGUCAAACGUGGCAUUGUACAGACGUUCAGUAUAUCUACAUAUCAGGGAAACUUUAUGAUGCCAGUAUCAGCUCGACAGGAUCAUCUCUAUUGCAUCACGAAUUCAAGCUAAACUGGAUUUGGAAACCUGAUGUUUGUUUUGCACCACUACUAAAAAUGGAAAACAUAUUUUUAUAUGUGACAUAUAAUUUUGAAUACAAGAACCAUAUGUUUAUUUCUAAAAUAUUGUUUGCCUUAGGUUGUAAUUACGUAUACGCACAUACACACACAUAAUAUUACAAUGGGAUAAAACUGGAUAAUAUUUAUUUGUGGCACUGAGCUUUAUCAUAUACUAGCUUUAUUUAAAUACAGUUCAAAGAAUGGACAAUAUAUUUGAGAUUAGGAGUAUGAAAGUUUCAUUUCAAUCAUUGAUUUCAAUAUUGGACAUGACUUUACUCAGUCAAUAUUAAAGAUAUCAAGGCUGAUAAAAUGUACCUUAUAUUAUGAAGGAUGAUCUGUUAAAAAAAACAACCACAGUAAAUCACAAAUUACUUUGUGACUGGGUCACAUAUAAUUCAGAGCUAUUACAGAUGUUAGUUAACUUAAAUUAAUUUAAAUGUCAGGCACAAUUAAAUGUGAUCAUAAAAUCAGUCAUUUUAAUAUUUUCAUAGAUUUUUCAUAGAUUUUAAAUUGCAUAUUUUAUUGUUUAUAAAUUGUAAUUGUAACAGCAUUGAUUGUGUUUUUUUCUACCUCAUGCAAUUGGUAUAUAUAUUUUUUGAGUGAUUAAUAUCAGGAGCGAGGCAGAUAAAAUAUGUACCUUACAUGUAUUAUAGCAGUUUGUUACUUUAAAGGGGACAUAUCAUGAAAAUCUGACUUUUUUUCAUGUUUAAGUGCUAUAAUUGGGUCCCCAGUGCUUCUAUUAACCUAGAAAAUAUAAAAAAAGAUUGACCCAGUAACUUAGUUUUGGUAAACCAUUUUCUGCAAGCAUGUGAAGAAAUAGGUCAUUGAAAUUUAUCUCCCCUUGUGAUGUCAGAAGGGGAUAAUACCGCCCAUUAAUCUGCACUAUCCAACCACAGCACUGCCAUUUAGUGCAGAUAUCAGCUCAUUUGCAUUUAAUAGGACGCACCCAAAAACGACACAUUUUUGCUCACACCUACAAAGUGGUAAUUUAAACAUGUUAUAAUAAAUGAUCUAUAUUUUAUUUUGAGAUAAAACUUUACAUAUGUACACUGGGGACACCAAACAUUUAUUUGACAUCUUAAAAAGUCUUGUGAAAUGUCCCCUUUAAACUGUAUGGCAACGUUUGGUUUAGUGCCUGGAAAUCUUUCUAGAAGCUGCAAUAUGAAUAUUUGUAUCAAUGUCGUCUGUGUGAUUGCAAACUAUAUUGUCAUGUUCACCUGCAGACUGUAGAUACAUUUCUCAUUUUAAAGAUUUUAUUGAGCCUUUGGUCACAGUCUGCAGAGUGAAUGCUACAAUGUGCCAUAUAUUAAAGUAUUGCUAUGGUAAUUCUUAUUAAGUGGCACAAUUUCAAGAUUAUUAAACAGCGAUUGCAAUUCAGCACUUGGUUGAUAUUUCUCAAACAAUCCUGGCUGGGGUUUGCUGUACGCAAAACCAAAAAUAUUAAACUUCUGUUCUGGUUAACACUUUACAAUAAGGUUGUAUGUGUUAACAUUA